CCCGUCUCUGCUUCCCCCACAGGACCAGCGCCAGCUGUGAGGACAGCCCGGCAGCAGGGCACCUGUGGGCCCCAUGCUCUGCUCGCCUCUGGGACCCUGUGCCUGAGAGCCCCCCGCACUGGAGACCCCAGCAUGGCCAGCAACAGCAGCUCCUGCCCCACGCCGGGCGGGGGGCACCUCAAUGGCUACCCUGUGCCCCCCUACGCCUUCUUCUUCCCACACAUGCUGGGGGGGCUCUCUCCGCCCAGCACCCUGGCCGGCAUCCAGCACCAGCUCCCCGUCAGUGGAUACAGCACCCCGUCACCUGCCACCGUGGAGACGCAGAGCACCAGCUCGGAGGAGAUUGUGCCCAGCCCCCCGUCGCCCCCACCCCUGCCCCGCAUCUACAAGCCCUGCUUCGUGUGCCAGGACAAGUCCUCGGGGUACCACUAUGGGGUCAGCGCCUGCGAGGGCUGCAAGGGCUUCUUCCGCCGCAGCAUCCAGAAGAACAUGGUGUACACGUGCCACCGGGACAAGAACUGCAUCAUCAACAAGGUGACGCGCAACCGGUGCCAGUACUGCCGGCUCCAGAAGUGCUUCGAAGUCGGAAUGUCCAAGGAGUCCGUCCGCAAUGACCGGAACAAGAAGAAGAAGGACGUGCCCAAGCCGGAGUGCUCGGAGAGCUACAUCAUCACACCUGAGGUGGAGGAGCUCAUCGAGAAGGUGCGCAAAGCCCACCAGGAGACCUUCCCUGCGCUCUGCCAGCUCGGCAAAUACACUACGAACAACAGCUCGGAGCAGCGCGUGUCCCUGGACAUCGACCUGUGGGACAAGUUCAGCGAGUUGUCCACCAAGUGCAUCAUCAAGACGGUGGAGUUCGCCAAGCAGCUCCCCGGCUUCACCACGCUCACCAUCGCCGACCAGAUCACCCUCCUCAAAGCCGCCUGCCUCGACAUCCUGAUCCUGCGGAUCUGCACGCGCUACACGCCGGAGCAGGACACCAUGACCUUCUCGGACGGGCUGACGCUGAACCGCACGCAGAUGCACAACGCGGGGUUUGGGCCCCUCACCGACCUGGUCUUCGCCUUCGCCAACCAGCUGCUGCCGCUGGAGAUGGAUGAUGCCGAGACAGGGCUGCUCAGUGCCAUCUGCCUCAUCUGCGGAGACCGCCAGGACCUGGAGCAGCCUGACAAGGUGGACAAGCUGCAGGAGCCACUGCUGGAGGCACUGAAGAUCUACGUGAGGAAGAGGAGGCCCAACAAGCCCCACAUGUUCCCCAAGAUGCUCAUGAAGAUCACAGACCUGCGCAGCAUCAGCGCCAAGGGCGCCGAGCGAGUGAUCACGCUGAAGAUGGAGAUCCCGGGCUCGAUGCCGCCGCUCAUCCAGGAGAUGCUGGAGAACUCGGAGGGCAUGGACACGCUGGGGGGGCAGGGGGGCGCCCCCCCCCCCCCCCCC